UGUUGCCUGUAUGUUAUGCGUCUGCAUUAGAACUCGGUUUAUCAGAUAAACGGCGAGGCUGCAGCGUGCGCGAGCUCGCGCGUGUUUGAUGAGAGCGCCUCAGCGCGCGGCGGAUGUGUUUCUGUGUGGAAGCGGACGCUGCGUGUGUCCAUGUGGAUCGAGGCUAAGCGCUGGGAAUGUGAUAAAACGAUCAAGAGCUGAAGCUGUGUGUUUAAACGACAUCGAUGGACGAUCGUGACUCGACGUCCCACACCAAAGGUGUGUCAUCAGCCUCCAGCGGCAGACGGGAGGAUCGUGGGACGUGAUCGACGGGCUGAACCUAUGGCAGAGCAGCAGCGAGACACAGCUCUCUUUGAAGCCCCGCCUUUCCAAAACUCCCAGUCUGCUCUGAUUGGUCAGCUGGCUCAGACUGUUGUGAUUAAUCAGCUGCUCCAGAGGCUUCAUGAGCAGCUGGAAGCAGUAUCAUAUCUAUGAUGUCUUACAUCAUUGCAAGAAGUUGGAACAAGUAUUACGCCCCCUGCUGUUGCCCGUCAGUCCCUUAGUGUGAAUCCACCAUGGACCCCGUGCUCUGUCAGAUGCUGGUCCUGGGAAUGGCUGUAAUGAUGGCCCGUGCGUGCCCCAAGUACUGCACAUGCCAGAACCUCUCGGAGUCACUGGGGACCCUGUGCCCAGCCAAAGGUCUGCUCUUCGUGCCACCUGACAUAGAUCGCAGCACUGUGGAGCUCCGGUUGGGGGGAAACUACAUCCUUCGAAUCACACAACAGGACUUUGCCAACAUGACAGACUUGGUGGACCUUACGCUCUCCCGCAACACAAUAAGCUACAUCCAGCCCUUUUCCUUCGGGGACAUGGAGACCCUCCGUUCUCUUCAUAUGGAUAACAACCGUCUGGUGGAGUUGGGCCCCGAUGACCUGCGAGGGCUGGUCAGCCUGCAACAUCUCAUCCUCAAUAACAACCAGCUGGGUCGCAUCUCCGAUAAGGCGUUUGAAGACCUGGCGGCAUCGCUUGAGGAUCUGGACUUGUCCUACAACAACCUUCAGGCUCUGCCCUGGCAUUCAGUUCGACAGAUGAUCAACCUGCACCAGCUGAGUCUGGACCACAAUUUGCUGGACUACAUCCCCGAGGGGACCUUUGUAGAUCUGGAGAGGCUGGCCCGCUUGGACCUGACUUCCAAUCGGCUCCAGAAGCUUCCGCCGGAUCCCAUCUUUGCCCGAGCACAGGAUUCUGAGGCAACGACCACGCCAUUCGCCCCUCAGCUCUCACUCAGCAUAGGAGGAAACCCGCUUCACUGCAACUGCGAGUUGCUUUGGUUCCGGCGCCUGGAGCGAGACGAUGACCUGGAGACUUGUGCCUCACCUCCCGGCCUGAAGGGCCGCUACUUCUGGAACAUUCGGGAGGACGAGUUUUUGUGUGAGCAGCCUCUGAUUACUCAGCACACCCACCGCAUGCUAGUUCUGGAGGGGCAGACCGCCAGUCUACGGUGCGAAGCCAUCGGCGAUCCCGCCCCAACCAUACACUGGGUGACCCCUGACGAUCAACUGCUCGGGAACUCCUCUCGCACUGUGGUGUACCGCAACGGGACCCUGGAGAUCCUGAUCACCACUUCCAAGGACUACGGGACCUUCACUUGCAUCGCAGCCAACCUGGCUGGUGAAUCAACUGCUUCAGUGGAGCUGUCAAUUAUCCAGCUGCCCCACAUAAGCAACGGCACAGGCCAGGCAUCGCAACCCAAGUCCCGCCUGUCAGACAUUACUGGUAGCUCAAGGACCGGUAAAAGCACUCCCAAAGGCCAGCCAGAGAAAGCGGUGUCUGUGUCUGAGGUGACCGCCGUGUCUGCCUUGGUCAGUUGGUCCGUUAGCAAGACCGCUCCUAAAGUCAAAAUGUACCAACUACAGUACAACUGCUCAGAUGAUGAAGUGCUCAUCUACAGGAUGAUUCCUCCCUCCAGUAAGGCCUUCCACGUCACCAACCUGGUAUCGGGGACUCUCUAUGACCUGUGUGUGCUGGCCGCCUGGGACGACUCGGCCACCACGCUCACUGCCACUAACGUGGUGGGCUGCGUGCAGUUCUACACCCGGGACGAGUACCCGCAGUGUCAGUCUCUGCACGGACAGCUGCUGGGCGGCACCAUGAUCCUGGUGGUGGGCGGUGUGAUCGUAGCCACGCUGCUGGUGUUCAUCGUCAUCCUGAUGGUGCGCUACAAGGCAGGGGAUGGCGGAGGAACCCCCGCUAGCAAGCUGAGCAACGUCAGUGAGACGUACUCUCAGACCAACGGAGGGAGGCCGGGGCAGAACGGACUGCCUCUGCUGGUGCCCAAGCCCAAAGUCAGCAUGCAGGACGAAGAGGUCGAAUUCAAGUGCGGUUCACUCCAGAGCAGCAUGUCCUCUUCCUCUUCCUCUUCCUCUGCCUCCUUGGGUUCAGCAGAUCCCACGUCCUACAGCCCCAACAGUGCCCUCGCCAGCAUCUGGAGGUCCGCGCCUCCCAAGCCCCGCACCAACUUAGACCAGCUUCUAGGGGCCUUCACGUCGCUGGAGCUCCGGGGCCAGGCCAAGGAGCCACAAACGUCUGGGGGCCCGGCGAGCGCGGCUGCUGCUUCGGCCCCAGCGGGCUUGACUGACAAGGAGCCUCUGUUGGGCCGGACGCUGGACUCACGGCUUAGCAAGCUGCUCAUGCUGCCUCUGGACUCCAAACCCAAGAGGAGCCAUUCGUUCGACAUGGGCGACUUCACGGUGUCCACGGCGCAGCAGCUGUGCUCGUACCCGCGCCGAAUCAGCAGCAUCUGGACCAAACGCAGCCUGUCGGUGAAUGGCAUGCUGCUGCAGUGCGAUGAGGAGGGCGACAGCGGCGGGAGCAAAGGCACCAUUGAGAGCUCUGAGUGGGUUAUGGAGAGUACUGUAUAGGGGCUGGGAUGUACGGGAAGAAAGACGAUAUAAACCCCAUCAUGCAUGACUAUGAAUAUGUUUUUUAUUAUUGCUAUUCGCCUUGCCAUAUCCAGAACAGACGCAGCACUCAGGGGGUGAAUUCACAAAAUGGUUGCACCACUCUAGAUGCAGUAUUUCACACCAAAAACCUAUCAGAUCUUUCUAUUGUCCCUUGGUUUUUGCAUGCCUAAUUUCUAAGUAAAGUAGGCUCAUUCUAGCUUGCGCCUUAAGCCCAAAAUAUACUACGGUUUUUAUGCAUUCAUGAGGGUCAGCAUACAGUGCAGGAUACACAUUUUGUUACUUGUACUGUACAUGCACCAUCUGAUUUUUGUAACCACACUUACUUUGUACGCACAGGUCAUACAUGCACAUUGAAUUUGUUUUGCAGUAAUCAGUUGCUCCACAAGGUGGCAACACUGUUUCACAGUAGAAAACGAAACUAAAGAGACGGAACAAAAAGUCUGCAGCAACAAGAGAUGCUCACAUUGACAAGCGCUUGUGAGCGAGAGGGUAUGAGAUAUCACAGAUUUGGUUUAAAAGAGUUCAAAAAAUAUUCGUUAUCGGCCAUAACUUAUGGGGAAAAAUCAAGCAGACACUGGACAUGGAUGAAGCUUUCUAGAGCGCAUGUGUCGACCGCCUGCAUUCGCGCACAACAUCAAAGAGAGUAUACUUUGAAAGGCUACGCAUUCGACUGUGUGCUUACGCUAGCAUACACAUACAAAAAAUAAGUAUACUUUAAGGCUUUAAGGUCCUGACACAUUAACAUUGGGCUGUUGUUAAGUGUGAGUCAGCUUAGUUUUUGUAGUGUGUUGAACUGGUGUCCGUCCGCAUUGGCACCGUCAGUGAGAGACAGAACUCUGAUUGGCUGUUCAGCUUGGUGAAAAAGACUGCACAAGAAGAAAAAAAAACACAGAAAGUGAUCAAUGCGAGCAAAGAAGUCAAGACUAAAUUUAUCUCAUCUUACCUGUGCAUUUCAACAUGCUAAAAUGUUCAUAACAGCAUGAGCUGGAAUGAAGAAAGUGAUUAAUAUUAUUCAUAUUCAAAAUCGUAAGCAAGCACAGCUUUGUAUAUGGUUUGUAUAUAGGCAGUCCUAAUUUCGGUUUCCCUUUUUGAAUGACGAAUAUAUUCCAUUGAUACCUGCUGGUACAGACAGUUAUUUCCUUUCACGCAAACACAGACUGCACCUGCUAGUUGGCCAUUGGCUGUAGUCUUUGCGGUGUGUUCAAGCCCAAUAUUUUAGCCCAGACAAACACGACAGCCAGCUUUAGUUGCUGCUAGUUCUUUGACGUUGGUUUGGUGUGUCACGGCCUUUACAUGAUCUGCACAAAUCCUAAAUCUGUGCAGGCGAAGCGUCGGUGGUUGUGAUUCAUUCCUAGUGAAUCCCCCCCAGUCUGCUGUGCUGACUCAUUGGUGUGAGACGUGUGUGCGUGUGUGUGUGUGUGUGUGUGUGUGUGUGUGUCAUCUUUAUGUCUUAUUUGUGUCUGAAUCGGACAGGUUGGAAUGAAUGUGGGACAAACUCUUGUGCUACUGCGGUUUGUCAAAGCUGGUACGGGAACUGAAGCACAUAGACAGAGGAAAUUGUAGAAAAUUGCCAUGCCAGCAGUUUCCCUGAAGAGCAGCAUAAAGACUCUGUGAAUAUCUUCAUGUGCAACACUGUUUAUAUGUGUAAUGAAUUUAAAAAUUUAUAUAUUUUUUAUCUUGUUGGUCAAACCCUCCUCUUUCUUGAUGAAAGAGAAUUCCUGAACCUUCAUGGCAUUUAUCUCACUCCCUUCAACUUCUCGUUUACUUAUUUUUGAGAAAUCAUGUGUACGGUUUCAAUGAAUUCUCAGAUAUAUGAAGCCGGCUGUUUAUGUGUGAUGUUUUUCUAUAUUCCUGUAUUUACUAAGGUGAUGGAAAGACAUGAGACAUUAAUAAUGAAAAACGGCUGUGUGAAGUUAUCUUGAAAUGUGUCUAUUGUGUUGUUUUAAGUCUCUUAAUAAUAUAAACCAACUUUAUUUUGUGUGAUUUAAAACACAAGGCUAGUCCAGUCGUUCUCACAUAGGGGCCGGUGUCCAUUCGGGGGCCUCCACUAACUUUCAAGGGGGCGUGGGAUGAUGUAAAAAGUAUCGAAAU